AUGGCUACAGUGCGCGUCUGCGUAUGCGGCGACGAGAGCACAGGCAAGUCGAGCCUGAUAGCGUCUCUCGUCAAGGACCAGUUCAUGAGCAACAAGAUCCAGCCGGUGCUUCCCCAGAUCACCAUCCCGCCCAGCAUAGGCACGCCCGAAAAUGUCACGACGACGAUUGUCGAUACGUCCGCCCGCCCUCAAGACCGGACGACGCUACGAAAGGAGAUUCGGAAGUGCAACGUCAUCCUCCUCGUAUACGCAGACCACUACAGCUACGAGCGCGUUGCCUUGUUCUGGAUGCCCUACUUCCGCUCUCUCGGUGUAAAUGUCCCCGUCGUCCUAUGCGCCAAUAAGUCCGAUCUUGCCGGGCAGGGAAACACCCCGCAGGUUGUCGAGGAAGAGAUGCUCCCUGUCAUGGCCGAGUUCCGAGAGAUCGAUUCGUGCAUCCGCACCAGCGCCCGCGAGCACAAGAACGUCAACGAAGUCUUCUUCCUGUGUCAGAAGGCGGUGACGCAUCCCAUCGCGCCUCUGUUUGACUAUAAGGAAGGCCACCUCAAGCCCGCUUGCGUCGCCGCGCUGAAACGGGUCUUCUUCCUCUGCGACAAGGACCAGGACGGCUAUCUGAACGACCAGGAGAUGCGCGACUUCCAGGCUCGCUGCUUCGACAAGCCUCUGACAAGCGAUGACCUCGACAAUAUCAAGCUUUCCAUUUCCAAGUCUCUGCCGAACACAACCAUGGAGAGGGGCAUCGACCAGGCCGGCUUCUUGCAGCUCAACAAGAUAUACGCGGAGAAGGGCCGCCACGAGACGAUUUGGAUCAUCCUUCGCAAGUAUCACUACACGGACAGCUUAAGCUUAGAGGACAGAUUCCUCCACCCCAAGUUUGAGGUCCCUGAGUUCUCAUCUGCGGAGCUCAGCCCAGCUGGAUAUCGCUUCUUUGUCGACAUGUUCUUACUGUUUGACAAGGACAACGACGGGGGCUUGAACGAUGACGAGCUGGAGGCCCUAUUCUCACCGACUCCAGGCCUGCCCGCAUCGUGGAUCGACUCAUCGUUCCCUUCCUCGACGGUGCGCAAUGAGGCUGGUCAUAUUACCUUGCAGGGGUGGUUGGCGCAGUGGAGCAUGACGACGUUCCUCGAGCCAAAGACCACUAUAGAGUACCUCGCCUACCUGGGGUUCGAGCCACCGAACCCCAAAGACUCUAUCACCGCUGCGCUGAAAAUCACAAAAUCCCGCAAGAGGAGAAGACGGCCCGGUCGCGUGGAGCGGAAUGUUGUCCUUUGCUAUCUGAUCGGUGCCUCGGGAGCCGGAAAGUCUUCGCUUCUCGAUUCGUUCCUCAACCGACCCUUUGACGGACUGUAUCAUCCGACUAUCAAGCCCCGUCGCGCCGUCAACAGCGUCGAGCUCCCCGGCGGCAAGCAAGUGUAUCUCAUUUUCGAAGAGCUUGGCGAACACGAGGCGGCGGUCCUCGAGAAUCAGUCCAGGCUGGAGUCGUGCGAUCUAAUUUGCUACGCUUACGACUCAUCCGAUCCGGACUCGUUCUCUCACAUCGUGGACAUGCGCACCAAGCAUCCCCACCUCGACGACCUACCGUCGGUGUACACGGCGCUCAAGGCAGACAAGGACAAGACAACCCAGCGCAGCGAGCUCCAACCUGACCAGUACGCUGCUUCCCUCAGCAUGAACCACCCGCUCCAUGUUAGCGUCACCUGGAACAGCAUCAGCGAGCUCUUCGUCGCUCUCGCUGAGACGGCCACGAACCCUAGCCUCGGCUUUCCCAAGACCGAGGAAGAGGCCCCCGACCGCACAAGUCUGUACAUGGCGCUGGGUGCGACAGCAUGCGCCGCCAUCGCUGCCGUAAUGAUCUGGCGGCGAUCGACCAACGCCGCCUGA